GCUUGUAGAAAGAAGGGUGGGAAAAUAAUAACGCAAUAAACCAAUUAAUUUCUAUUCCACUUCUUUAUUGUUUUUUGUUUUUUUUAGUAGAAACACACAUUUAGUUUAUUGCUAUUUACUCAUUUAAUUGUUUGAAAUCGAAACUUUCAGAUGCAAGUAUUUACACGCGGUAUAAAUACAGUGUAUUCAUUUGGAACUGCUAUUUUUUAAGACUGAGAAUAAGACUGUGGAAUGUCAGUUCAGUAAAUGAUAGUCACUUACUAUUUUCUGAAAUAAGAUUAAUCAUUAAGGGGAAAUGUUAGUAUAAACGCAACUGAUUACGGGAAGUAUUUGGCCAUGUGUAGAAGGGAAACCUCGGUCUGGAUAAAGUCUCGCGAGAGUCCCAUGCGACAUUCAUGCACUGUUUAUUUUGUUUAUUUGAAGCCCCGCAGUAACCACACACCUGCCUUUACCCAUAAAAAUUAACCCUAGCCCUAAACCGAAACAUAUUACUCUAACUAUAUUAAUAGCAAAUGCGACUCUCGCGAGACUUUGACAGGACGAGGGUUCCUUUCUAGACACGACCUUUCAAGUUUGCGCUUCACAUUGACGUCGUUUCCGUUAUCAUGGCCAUCAAAACAGUGGCAACAACUUUCCAACUUGCUCCGAAACUGAGUUUAAGAGGUCCGCUGUAUGUUUGAGGUGCCACUUUGGUAAUUCGGAUCCAACUGUUGCAUAUCGCACAGAUUUGUGCGUUCGCUUUAAAAUAUGGCGUUUGAAUCUAUGUUUUACAGCAGUUGGAUGUAACCUUUGGCUUGCUGAUGAGUUAUAUGCAAAGGCUGAGAUCAUAUUAGCAAAAGCAAGUUUAUGCAAAGGGCAAACAUGCAAAAACUGAGCCUAUCGUUCUCCUAAUGAAGCAAACACUACUUGUUGUGACGGUGUUUAAUUUAGAUGUACACUAAUAUUACUCAUGGCUUGCAGUUCAUGCUCCAAUACAAAAAUGUCCAGUCCAGAUGUCAACACGCCUACGAUGGCGGCGACACCAGGGGUCGUGGAUCAGCAGACGAACCCGGUGUUAUUUGAGAUUUUUGGAGAGAUCUGGAACGUGCAGGCUCGUUUGGGUCAGGGCGUUUCGGCCUCGGUGUUCCGGGUAAGCUCCGACCGGACGAGUUUUGCUGCAGUGAAGGAGUUUCAGCUGGACACACAGGGUGGAGAUUACGGGUACCUCAAGGAACGAUCUGUGCUGGAGAGCAUUCAGGGACAUAAAAAUAUAGUGACUUUAUAUGGAGUUUUCACCAAUCACAACCCAUUUGGUGUGGCCACUAAUUGCCUGUUGCUAGAGCUUUUGGAUGUGAGUGUAUCAGAACUGCUGGUCAGGGCAAGUAAUCAGGGUCACUCCAUGUGGUUGAUUCAGCACUGUGCCCGUGACGUCUUGGAGGCUCUUAGCUUCCUGCACAGAGAAGGCUAUGUGCAUGCUGACCUAAAGCCCCGCAAUGUUCUCUGGAGCGCUGAUGACGAGUGCUUUAAGCUCAUUGACUUUGGCCUUAGCUUUAAAGAGGGACACCAGGAUGUGAAGUACAUUCAGACGGAUGGGUACCGGGCCCCUGAAGCUGAGCUGCAGAACUCGCUGGCCCAGGCAGGUCUGGAGGGCGACUCUGGCUGUACAACUGCUGUGGACAUGUGGAGUCUGGGCAUCAUUCUUCUGGAGAUGUUCUCAGGAAUCAAACUGAAACAAAUUGUCAAGUCUCAGGAAUGGAAGGAUAACAGUUCUGCAAUAGUAGAUCAUAUCUUUUCAAGCAAUGCUUCGGUUUACCCGGCUAUACCUGUCUAUCAUUUGAGGGAUCUGAUCAAAAGUAUGCUUCACAAUGAUCCUAAACUCAGAAGCACAGCUGAAACUGCAUUAAUCAACCCUUUCUUCAGCAUUCCCUUUGCGCCACAUAUUGAAGAUUUGGUUCUGUUGCCUACACCUGUCCUGAGACUACUAAAUGUAAUAGAUGAUAGUCACCUAUAUAAUGAGGAUGAGUAUGAUGAUAUUAUUGGGGACAUGAAAGAAGAAUGCCAAAAGUAUGGCACUGUUGUAUCCUUACUGAUCCCAAAAGAGAAUCCCGGCAAGGGUCAGGUGUUUGUGGAGUAUGCAAAUGCCGGAGACUCCAAAGAAGCCCAGAGACUGCUGACCGGUCGAACAUUUGAUGGCAAGUUUGUGGUCGCUACGUUUUAUCCACUGAGUGCCUAUAAGAGAGGUUACUUAUACCAAACCGUGCAAUGAGAAUAGAGGGACACACCUCUAAUCACACUUCAAAAAGUGUAGAUUACUUUACAAUCAUGUGACUUCUUUUAAGUCCAUGCAAUAUGUAUCAAUCCAUUGUGCUACCCUUAAUAUUUUUGAACAUGUCACUCAACGCUGUUGUGAAUAUAGGCACAUAUGCAGUUUAUUUUGGGUGUUAAGAGGAGUAAAGAUUUAGUGCCUGCUUCCUCUGCUUUUUUUACUCAUUGAACACCACUAAAAGACAAUUUAUACUGAAAGUGUGAUCGCUGUUUGCCCGACAUUCAGUUCUUAUGCUUCCAUACUUUGUUGAUGUACUUGUUUUUUUUUGUUUUGUUUUUUUGCAGUGGAGUUGAUGCACUGCUUUGGUUUACACUGCCUUUUAAAACCAUAGAUCACUUUAGAGACUAGCUUUAUUUAGUCCUCGAAUGUCACAAUUCCAAAAUGCGUAGUUUACUACUUUUCUCUUUUUACUUUUUUCCAUUGUUUUUUAGUGAUGUAGAUAUUUCCAGUAAUUAUGCACAUAUUUAUAAACUACUGGCAAAAUACACUGGCCUGCAUGCACUGUUGCGUGGUUAACCAUAGUGUUUGACUUGAUCAUGAGAGCUGUUGAACCACCUAAUGUUCAACAGCGUCUCCUCUAGAGAGAGCACAAAGUACAACACAGCGGGUUGCCUUGUGUUUUAGAUAAUAAAGUACAUUUAAUUUGUUUAUUCAGGGUUGACAGGCAAGAGACAUAUCUAACACAAAAGCCACAACUUAUGUCUCUUCCAAAAUGUUUGUCUCUCUGAUGAUGUUUAUUGAACAGAUAUUUUUUUUUUCUAACUUGAAUUCCAAAGGUACAAUAUUAUUUUGUUCUUAUUAAAGGAUUAGUUUACCCAAAAAUGAAAAUUCUCUCAUCAUUUAUUCACCCAAAUUCCAUCCUAGAUGUGUUUGACUUUUUCUUCUGCAGAAUACAAACAAAGAUUUUUUGAAGAAUAUCUCAGCUUUGUAGGUCCAUACAAUGCAAGUGAAUGGUGACCAGAACUUUAAAGCCCCAACAAGCACAUGAAGGCAUCAUAAAAGUAAUCCAUAUUACUUUGUGGUUAAAUCCAUGUCUUCAGAAGCGAUAUAAUAGGUGUGGGUGAGAAACAGAUUAAUAUUAUAGUCCUUUUUUACUGUAAAUCUCCACUUUCACUUCCAUAUUAUUCUUUUGAUUUUUGGCGGUUCGCAUUCUUCAUGAAUAUCACCACCUACUGGGCUAGGCUGGUCAGAGGUGGAGAUUUAUAGUGAAAAAGGACUUAAAAAGUUAUCAGUUUCUCACCCACACCUAUCAUAGCACUUCUGAAGACAUGGAUUUAACCACUGUAGUCGUACAUAUAACUUUUAUGCUGCCUUUUUGGAGCUUUGAAUUCUGUUCACCAUUCACUUGCAUUGUAUGGACCGACAGAGCUGAAAUAUCAUUCUAAAAUCAUAAUUUGUGUUCUACAGAAGAAAGAAAGUAUUACACAUCUGGGAUGGCAUGAGGGUGAGUAAAUGAUGAGAGAAUUCUCAUUUUUGGGUCAGUUGGACACAGGAGUUAAGAGUGAUUCAUCUAAAAACACUAAAGUUUUAACAUGUUAUAUGUUGUGCAAAGCAGCAUACCUUGUCAUACCUUCAUAGCACACAUUUGAGAAGGAUAAUUCCGUCUAUCUUCCUUUGGCUGGACUGCAACUGUGAAUACCAGUGCGCUAACUCAUGGAUAUAAAUGCUGUUUUUAUAACUCUCAAAACCCACAGGCUAAGAUAGCACAAGUGAGUAUAGCACCAAUUGAUACUAUACAUGAAAUGUAGUUAGCUAAUUCUUUCCACAGACAUAUUACAAUCAUUUGUUGUAUCCGUUCAUACUUUCUAUAUGAUGAUGGUGAGUGAUUUUAUAAUCGAAGCACUAUUUAAAGGCUUUUCCUGUUGUGAUAGGUCUUGGGAUUGUUGUUUUCCUCUCAGUUUUGUCUAUGAUUAAUUGCAUGACAUUUAGGCUCUUUAAAACUGCUACAAAGCUUUCUAAAAAAAAAAAAAAAGAAAAAGAAAAGAAAAAGAGCACAUUGUUAUUUAAUGACUUAAUGAACGUUGUCUAAUGCUUUGUCAGUCUUCCAAAUUAUUAAAAAUUAUUUUUUAUUCUGAGCUAUCGUCCAAACUGCAAAUCCAUUCUCUUCUCUGUCCUGCAGUCUAAAAACAUUAUAUUCAGUUCUGAGGCUGUGAGAAAUUAUAUUAUGAGUAUACAAGGCAAUGUAAGGAAAGAGCAGGCUGUUUUUCUAGAUUCCAGUGUUUAAAAUUAGUUGAAAUUUAUAGGGAUAGUUCACCCAAAAAUAAAAAUUCUGUCAUCAUUUACUCAACCUCAUGUUGUUCCAACCUUGUAUGACUUUCAUUCUUCCAUGAAACAUGAGAACAUUUGAAGAACGUUUACUUUUUUUUCAUACAAUGAAUGUGAUUGGCAACUGAGGCUGUCAAUCCCUAACAUGUCCUUUUGUGUUCCAUGGAAGAAAGUCAAAUUUGGAAUAACACAAGGAUGCACAAGUUAUGACAGAAUUUUCAUUUUUGGGUGAACUGUUGCUUUCAAAACUACUGUUAUAAACACACUGCCCUCUUACUUGUUUACUUGCUAGAUGAGGUGUCUCACAUGGAUUGGAUGCCAUUGUUGCCAUAGAUUGCCUUUUUUUUUUUUUUUUUUUGGCAGUGUUGUAGGAUUUUUACCAUAUAGAAAGGGCUCUUUGGUUGAUCUGACAGUCUGGACAGUAGAGAUUUUGGAAAUUGACAGUUUUAAAAUUCAAGCUCUGAGCCUGGAAAAAAUAGAACCAAAUGUUAUUUACAUUUACAUUUAUUCAUUUAGCAGACACUUUUUAUCCAAAGCAACUUACAAAUGAGGAGAACAACAGAAGCGAAUCAUCCUCGGGAGGCAGUAGCAACACAAGUGCUGUAAUACAAGUUUCAAAAUUGUUUAGAGAAGUAUCCCUAGCAAGGCGGAUGAGAUAAUUUAUUUAUUUAUUUAUUUUUAAUAAGAAGAAGGAAGUGCGCUGAAGGGAUUGGGUCAAGUGUUCACGGAAGAGCUUUGUCUUUAGAUGCUUUUUAAAGGAUGUUAGAGAACCAGCUUUUAUCGGGUGGAGUUUGGCAAGUUAUUCCACCAACGAGGAAUGAUUGAAGUGAAAGUCCUGGACAGUGAUUUUUUUUUUUGUUGCUUCUUUGAGAUGGCACUAUGAGGCACUGUUCACCCACAGAACGCAAACUUCUGAAGGACAUGUAGACCUGAAGUAGUGAGUGUAGAUAAGGGGGUGCAGAGCAGGGGGUUGUUCUGUAAGAAAGCAUCAAUGCCUUGAACUUAACGCAAGCAACCAUUGGCAGCCAGUGCAGUUUGAUGAAGAGAGGCAUGACAUGCGUUCUUUUGGGCUAGUUGAAGACCAAUUGUGCUGCUGCAUUCUGGAUCAAUUGCAGAGGUUUGACUGUACAUGCAGGAAGGUCUGCCAGAAGUCCAGCCUGGAUAGCACAAGUGCCUGGACGAGGAGUUGUGUGGCAUGCUCAGAUAGGAAGAGCCUGAUUUUCCUGAUGUUGUAUAGAGCAAAUCUGCACGAUCGGGCAGUCCUUGCGAUGUGGUCCGUGAAGUUUUAAUUGAUCGUCAAACACAACCCCAGGAUUUCUGGCUGUCUUGGAUGGUGUGAUCGUUGAUGAGUCUAGUUGAAUGGUGAAAUUGUGCUGAAAUGCUGGGCUCGAUGGAAUCACAAGAAGCUCGGUUUUAGCGAGGUUGAGUUGGAGGUGAUGUUCUUUCAUCCAAUACGAGAUGUCUACCAGGCAGGCUGAGAUCCGUGCAGCUACCGUAGGAUCAUCACGCUGGAAUGAGAGGUAGAGUUGUGUGUCAUCAGCGUAGCAAUGUUAGGAAAAGCCAUGUGCCUGAAUGACAGACCCCAGAGAUGACAUUUAUAUGGAGAAGAGGAGGGGCCAAAGUACUGAACCCUGGGGUACCCCAGUAGCUAAUUGGUGGGACUUAGACACCAUUCCCCUCUGAAGAACCUACCUGUGAGAUAAGACUCAAACUAGCAGAGCAAAGUUCCUGUGAUGCCCUUUGCCAUGAGGGUAGACAGGAGAAUGUGGUGGUUUACAGUGUCAAAUCCAGCAGACAGAUCUAGCAGAAAGAGAACAGACAAUUUGGAUGAAGCUCUUGUCAGUCUCAGAUCUUCAGUAACGGACAGCAGGGCAGUUUCAGUAGAGUGUCUGCUUUUGAAGCCAGACUGGUUGCUGUCUAGCAGGUUGUUCUUUUAGAGAAAAGAUGAGACUUGGUUGAACACGACUCCGAGUGUCUUCGCUAUGAAUGGGAGGAGAGAGACAGGUCUUUCGUUUUCUAAAAGUGCAGGAUUUAGUGUGGGUUUCUUAAGCAGUGGUGUUACCUGAGCCAGUAGUAUUUGACUCAUUUUGCAUAUGUUGAGGAUCAUGAAUGGAGAUGUUGAGCAAAAGAUUGUGUAUACUGUCCAUAUGAAUCUGAAUUUCCACUGAAAAAAUAUCUGACAUGGUUCUUGAAAAAAAUCUAUUACAAGCAUAUUUGAGCUUUGUAAUGUUGAAAUGCAGUCACUAGCCAUGGCUUAAAUGUUAUAUUUAACUUAAUGAUAACUAAAUUUGAGCAAAAUCACUUUUAAGUGCCUCAUUCUAUGUAUCGCUGCAGUUUUCUGGUGAAAGAAAUACUAGAGGCAUUACAACAAGCAAUGAGUUUUAUUAACUUUCACACAAAUCAUGAAUAAAACAGCAUAUUAACAGUUCAUAGUUAUUUUUUGCUCUGUUCCCCACACAAUACUAUCUUAUCACAUCGAAACCCUUACUAUAAUGCAUGAUUUGAAAGACAAUAUAUUAUAACGCUUGCAUUACAUAACCAACUACAGUCUUACUCAAAUGUAACUAACUUACACGGUGGCACAACUGAUUGAGCAUCUGACUUUGAACUCACAAGACCGGGGUUCGAGACCAGCAAACCAUGAGAGUUUACACAUUAACCCAAAGUAUCAUAGAAGUGCCACGACAUGAUGUGGCUGCUUCAGCCAUUCAGCCAUUUGUUUUUAUGACUUUAUCAGUUAGGUUUAGGUGUCUGGUUUAGGUUAAGCCGGUGCAACACUAGCAGACUCCAAACAACCCAAUUCUGGCCGAGAAUGUCACACAAGCAGACUGUUUUGCUGAGAUGUUGCUCUCUUCAGUCUAAGGUAUGACACACUUGCCGAUUUAGAAUGGUGGAGAGAUGACAAACAUACCAACUCACCACAAUUUUCUUUGAUUCCAUGUCACGUGGAGCUCACAGAAAUAGCAACAGUAGUACCACGUGAGCAUAAACAUUUGUAAAAGAGUGAUUUAGGGUGUGAUUUAUGGACUUGUGAAUGUGUUUAUGUGUUUAUCCCCUCAAGGCGUGCCAUAGAACGCAUAUGUCCAUAUGCAGCUUUCAGUGAGUUAAGAAAUUCAAUAAAAACAUACUGUAGUGUCUCCGCUUUCUGAUUUCAUUAGUCAUUUUAGUGUUGGGGAAAAACGCUUGGUGAAAGAAUCACUAUGGAUUAAUCAGUGUUUGUGGUUAUAUGCAGCUGAGUGUGAUCACAGAUGAAAACAUUCAGAUCAGAGGAUUAACGACCUCCCUCUGUCUCUCACCCACUGGCCGCUGGCUGGCUGAUUAUGGAAAUGAAGCUCACAUCUGAAAAUCACUAGAAAGUCGGCUAGUGUGAUGGCGGGUUUAGGGAUGUCUGUUUUGUUCACCUCACAUUUGCUCACACUAUUGGUUUUGUUUAGAUUAGCAUUUAGUGCAGGGACACUGGUUUUGUUCAUUUAAAAAUACAUUAAAAAAUAUCAUCUCACAUUUGCUUUUAAUAAUGCUGUUGGUUAGGUUUCGGUUAAAGGUUUAGGUUAGGGAGGUAGGUUUUAUUAAUUUAAAACUCCAUAGAGCAUUAACCUUAAAAACAUUGUCUUUUUGGGAGAAUAUUAAACUCGCCUCAGUGGACAUUUCACCUCAAAACUGCAGCAAUACAUUUUAAUGAUCCACAUCUUUUAAUUUUCAAAAAAAAGUUGCCACAGUCACAUAAUUUUCAUGAGAUCAGGCUGGAUAAAGAGACAAUUUCCAUGGCUUCCUUUUAUUGUACUUUUUGUUUGAGCCAGAGAACACUUACAAUGAGUAAAGAAUGGAUUUUUUGGAUUUUGAACAAGGACAGAAAAAUAUUCAGAAACAUAAUUUAUUCAAUAGAAAAUGUAUAAUACAUUAAAUCCAAAAAGUAGGUUAUGGAACCAUUCAGGAAAUAGAAUUAUAUUUUUGGGUUUUGAACUGUUACGAUUAUGUGAAUACUGUGUAGUUCUGAUGUGAGUCUAGACAUUUGCUCACAUUCAUCAGGUAAUGAAGUUUGAGAAAGGGUGGCUUAUGGAGUUCUAGAAAAACUAUUUGAAGAAGAGCCUAGUUUGACAAUCCAGUUGAUGUGAAGACUUCUCAUCAUGGGGCAUCAUCUACCUGGGGUGAAGUCUCUCCAACAGAUAAUGAAAAUAUUAAUAUCUCAGCAGGAGAUAGUUAUUACACUAUCUCUGGGAUGAAACAUUUAAAGUGACAGAAGGAAUAUUUGUAUCCUCAAGCAAAAUCAUCAAAGCCACUCAAAUACAGCCUCAAGGCCCCUCUAACAUUUUCAGGGCUUUCACAUUUAAAAAGCACAGAGUCCCCCCCCCAAUAAAUCAGAUAGUUACUGCAUUACAUACUGUCAGAAAUAAUUUCAUGCUGCCUUACAUUUAUCUUUUUAUUUCAUUUGUAUGCUGUAAUAAUAUCACAGUCAUUAAAUGCUUGACUGUUAGAAAAGUGACAAAAAUUGUUACUAAGUUUUUCAGAGCUUCCGUUUUUUCCCCCACCAGCAACCCUGGAGAAAUACCAAAGCCAUAUAUGAUUUUAUGUUUCAGAAAUGCCUUUUGUAAACAGCCAGUUAUGGCAAGAUUUGUGUAGGAAACAUUGAAAUGUUUUACAAUAAGCGGACAGACAUCCUAAAAAUAGAGUGCCAGAAUUCGCUUGCCUUUGUAGUGAGUAAUGGGCCUCCUAAGGGAAAACCGUACAGGGUGUAACCACAGAUAGGCAUGGGAGUGUCAUGCUCUUUGGGUCUUAAUAACCUGAGAAAGGUUGGAGAAGAAAUUUGGCAGCUUGUUUACAGAUUUGUUAGAUAAGUAGGAGUCCUUAUAGGUUUUUGAGGUCAUGAGUAGAACUGGGCCAUCUGGCUUAAUGAAGUUCCUGUUCGUUUUCAUGUCCCCGUUAUUUGUCUUUAUAUAUAUACACACACACAAUUUUUUAAAAUGUGAAUCAUGUUAGUUAGCUUUCUUUAAUCUUAAUAGCACAUUUAAAGGGAUAGUUCACCCAAAAAUGAUAAUUCUGUCAUCAUUUACUCACCCUUAUUUUGUCUUUGUGUUCCAUGAAAUAAAGAAAGUCAUACAGGGGCAAUUAAAUGAUGACUUAGAGUGAACUAGCCCUCUUAAGUGAACAAGGGGUACAUUUUAAAUAAUUUCACUCCUUUGGUAAUGGCAGAUGUUGCCAAGUUACAGAGAUCAAAAGGUACUGUAUAAUGAGCCAACUGACAGCUAAAUUCUGAUCAGGAAUGGAGAAAAUGAAGGCAAAUGUGUCUUGUCCUCUUCCUUUAUGAUUAUGAUCAUUUUCUCACCAAAGGCCCAAAAGCUGUUAAAAAAUGUACUGGCUGAAUCUGCUACUUUAUUGAUCUCAUUACAGCUAGAUGGACGAAAAUAAAUCAUAUACUAUCGCCUGAUAGAAUGCAUAUGCCUGUCAAGAAUCAUUUUUGACAGUAUAGUCAUUUAAUGAGGACAUGUGAAUGUACUGGGGCAGUAAGGACAUAGGGUACCAUGAAUCAUGUAUGGAUAUGAAAAUAUGAGAGUUAUAGUUCAGAAAAUGUAUUUGGGGCUUUGCUAAGGAAUUUUGAAAAAAUAAAAGCCAUUAUAAAAAUACUGACUCUGGAAAGAAGCACACUGUGUAAAGAACAGGCUUCACACACAGCCACAACGUGUGAUAAGUUGGCAGAAAUUGUGUUCACAUGCAGGUACAUUGACAUUAGUGCAUUAUAGUGAAACGUGCCAGAUCUGCAAGGUUUGUAGUAUGAAAGCAGUUAGUGAGAGAGAUAAAGAGAGACCCUAAGGAAGAGAAAAGGGUGUCUGCAGUAAAUUGACGAACCUUUAAACUGGCACGGCAGUUGAGCUAUUGUGAACCACAGGAAAUGUGAAUACUGACAUGUUUCCAAAUGUUUUAUAUUUCAGUGAUAUAUGAUGUUUCUCUUUAAAACAUAUUUUUGUGCUAUUCAUGUUGAGGCUUUGCCAGUGAUUUCAUUGUUAAUGAAAUUAUGGAACAUUAACAGUGAAAAGGCCUUGCUAAAGCAUUACAGUGUUUACAUAAAUCCAUAAAGAGGUCAAAAAAUAGAUUUUCUUUGAUAAAUAUCUGUUGAGGUUAAAUUGUCAGGGCACAAGACUCCCUUUGCACUUGGCUACAAGUAAUAUACUAAAAUGAAUAAUGCCUUUAAUAUGCACAUGGACACUAUCUCCAAAGUUCUGUGGUUUAAAUGCAAUAACAACCAUUAGAGGGGUGCAACUGCUGUUGCCCUUUAUUACUAGAAGCAAUGGCCUGUAGCUCACAGUUCUUCAUUAUCUUCCAUGUUUUUAUGUAUGGCCUGCCCAAUUUUCUGUUUCUUAUGCAAGCCUGAGGCAGAUAUGUAAUUGUAUGAUCUGAUGUAUCUGUUAGAAGCUCUGCUUUGUGUAUUAUUUAGUGUGUGGAAAGAUGUUGUAUAUGUAAAAUGUGAGUUGAUCGUCCACUAAAGAUCAUGGGAGACUAUAAAUUUCGGAGCUCUGGAUGGACUAUGUUAAUGUUUCUCACAAUAAAAUGUUUAUGUCUGUC